AAACAGCCGAGCGUGCUUGCUAGAACGUUCUUGAAUUCCUUUCUUCUUCCUCCUCCUCCUCGUCACCCCGUCUUUUGUGACGCAAACACGAUGCCCCGCCUCUUCCGCACCGGCAGUUUUUUUCUACAAUCGUGCGUCGCCGCUCGGACGAAAGGCGGCUGGAGGGUUUCGGGUCAGCCGCGCUUCUCGUCUUGGGGACCGGGGGCGCACCAAGCCUUGAGCCGCCGGCUCCUCCUCCUCCUCCGCCUUCCGUCCCGCGGCUGCCUUCGCUCCGUCGCCAUGAAGAACCUGCCGUACUUCUGCCGCGGAGAGGUGGUGCGAGGCUUCGGCCGGGGCUCCAAGGAGCUGGGCAUCCGCACAGCUAACUUUUCUGAAGAAGUGGUUGAUAGUUUCCCAUCUGAUAUCUGUACUGGCAUAUACUAUGGAUGGGGUUGUGUUGGAACUGGAGAUGUGCAUAAAGUGGUUUUGAGUAUAGGUUGGAAUCCGUAUUACAAGAAUGUUAAGAAAUCAGUGGAAACACAUGUCAUUCACACCUUCAAGGAAGACUUUUAUGGGGAAGUACUCAGCAUUAUCAUUGUUGGUUAUAUAAGACCAGAACAGAACUUUGAUUCUUUAGAUGCACUUAUAACUGCUAUUCAACAUGACAUUGACCAAGCUAAAAAUCUACUAGAUUUGCCAGAACACCAGAAGUUUAAAGAUGACAACUUCUUUCACAGAGCAAAUGUUCACAGUAUGACUAAUGGUCAUUAAAUAUUUCCCUUUCUUUAUUUCCACUGCAGUUAUUUAAACUGAACUGAUCUUUGCAUGUUUUUAAUAGAGAAGACUACUCUGCUCUUUAGGAUUGUUAUUCUGUUAGCAUUACAUUAAAAUGGUUAGUGAUUCUCUAAAAGUAA